AUGGAGGCGGGCGCUUUUCUUCGCUACCAAACCACCAGACUCGAGAAAUUUAAACGGCAGGUUAUCUUAUCAGACGUCAAGCUGGCGACCCAAGCAGGAAAGAAGCCCAAGAAGGCAGAGGAGGAGGAGCAGCCUGCAGCAGCUCCACCACCAGCUGCAGGAGCAACAGCAGCCCCUGUAGCAGGAGCAGCUGAGGAGGAGGAAGAAGAGGAGUAUGUGGUGGAAAAGGUUUUGGACCGCCGAGUGGUGAAGGGCAAAGUGGAGUUUCUGCUAAAAUGGAAGGGCUUCUCAGAUGAGGACAAUACAUGGGAGCCAGAAGAAAACUUGGACUGCCCCGACCUUAUUGCUGAGUACAUGCAGAAACACAAAGAGAAGGAAGAGAAAAAGAAGGAGAGCAAACGGAAAGCAGCCAGUGAAACCUCGGGAGAUGGAGAAGAGCGAGGAAGCAAAAGAAAGAAGGAGGAGGGUGAGAAGGCCAGAGGUUUUGGCAGAGGACUGCAGCCUGAGAGGAUUAUUGGAGCGACAGACUCGAGUGGAGAGCUGAUGUUCCUUAUGAAGUGGAAAAACUCAGAUGAGGCUGACCUUGUCCCAGCUAAGGAAGCAAACGUCAAAUGUCCACAAGUGGUCAUCUCUUUCUAUGAGGAACGUCUCACAUGGCACUCCUACCCCACAGAAGAAGAGGAGAAGAAAGAGGAAGACAAAAAAGACUAGAUUUUUUGGGGGGUGCAAAGAAAAAAGGGAGGUGCAGGGCAGGAAAUCAACUGUGCCCUGGUGAGGUGUCAUCCAGGUUGGUCAGCUCUAGCAGCAACUUUGGCAGCAAAAGCAAUGAAAAAUAUCUGCCAAUGUGGCUGACAGAGGGGGAAUAAGAAUUGUUUUCCUGCCCUGCAAGGAAUUCUCAAAAGAUGGUCCCACCUGUAUCUUGGCUGAAAAAAUUUUAAUUAUUUAUUUUUACCAUCUUUUUUUUUUUUUAAACAAGUAUGCUGAUACUUAACUUCCUCCCUUAACCCCCACUAUGUUUAACAAUAUUCAACUGAAAACAGUGGAAAUUAUGAAAUUUUCUCCUACACUUAGUGAAAAGUGGCAGCCAGCUGUCAGCUUACCUCUUUGCCUUGAAGCAAGCUCAAAGUUUGGCUGUGAUUUGUAAGUUUCUCUCCUCCAGUCACUGUUCCUUAUUUCAGAUAUCUGUUUGAAGAGGGGGGAGGAGGGGAAAAAGAAGAGGGGGGGGGAAGGUUGUAAAAGAAGAUCACAAAUUGUGACAGACAGGACAAAGUUUACUUCCUGCUUUGUCAGGAUACAAAGGUGGGAAAUUCUUUUGAAUGGGGAUGAAGUGAGGAGUGAAAGAAUGGACAAACAAUGUCCUUUCAGUGUCUGUUCUUUGUGCCACCCAUUUUCUCAUUAUUGUUGAUGUGGUCAUUUUAAUCUCAUGCAUCAUUGACUGUUCAUAGUGAUAGGUUAGACUACAUGAGGGGCCUUAAUCAUCCUACCAGCCAGCGUGGCAGCUACGGAUGUCACAGUACAAGUGGACCAGGGAAUUUCCACUAUUCUGAGAUGUGGAUUUAAUACCAGUCAAUGUAUUUUCACCAAAAAAAAUGCAGUAUAGUUGGACAUUUUGACACUCAACUACUAUGACAGUAGCUUCAUGUUAUAAGCUAUGUGUUGGGAUAAACAGGCUCUUGUUAGCCGCUAGUUUACAGACAUUUCAAGUGGUAAAGGUUGUGUUAAAUGUGAAGAGUGGAGUAUGUUACCUGCUGUUAGUCGCUGGUUUUGAGUCCCAAACUGCAGCCAGUAUUACCAUGUUAUACUUGGUUGUUUGGUUACCUAGUACUGUCUGGUGUGGUUAUUAUUUUAAACGAGCUGCUUGUGAACAUUGUAUGCAGUGUUUCCUGAAAGUUACUCUCUCCACUCUGUCUGUACUCAAAACUAUUUUAGUGAUACUAAAGCCCCUUUCAGAUACAUUCUGUCAAAGUUGUUACAUUGUUACUAAAACAUGGGUCACUGAUACAUACAGUUUCCAAGAGCCUUGUGUCUUGUAUGCUAAGACUUCAUGUUUUUUGACAAUGUGCAUAGACUUGAAGUGCUGCCAGGGUUGGAACAUGUAACCUCUGCUGCGCACACUUGGUGAGUCGGAUCUUUCUUCUGAAUUUGUAAAAGGCGAAAGAGACUGAGACAUGGGGGGCCAUUUUGGUCCCAUCUAUUCAUGUGAUCUUCACACCUGUGCCCUGUUAGUCUCAGUCUGGUAAUAGAUAGGAUUUUUUUUUUUUUUUUUCAGGAAAAAAGUGCAUGUCUGGAAGGGGCCUAAGUUGAAAAAACUCACAUCUUGAGCUCUCCUAAGAAGCUGUUCUGAUUGGGCAAAACAUUUAAGUGAACUAAGUCCACUGAAGGUCAGCUGCUUCUGUAGUCUUGGAAAGAACAGGAAAACGGCCAUAUGAACUGCUGAACUAUAAAGGCAGCUUGUUAAGUUUGCUGCCACUUUGGCUGGUAGGUGGCGGUGUCUUCUGACUCGAUAACAAACAAGUGGGUUUCACUGCUGUGGCAGAUGGCUGAAAGUUUGUCAGAUGAUCUUUAUUUCCACUAAUUUGUUUUUAAAUCUUCACACACAUUUACCUGUGUUUUGUAGGCUGUAUUAUUUGAGCUUGCACUGCCCGGGCAACACUUAACAUACAGUAUUCUUUCACAUUCUUUGCUUGACACUUAUUUUGGUGAAUAAAUUAGGAUGCAUCUUUAAAACUUUAGCAUGCUGAGCAGAAUCAGUUUAAAAAUACUUGUCAAGUGUUCUGUGUUGAAUGUAGCCCGGUUGUGUACAUGUAUGUAUACUGUAUUAAAGUUAGAACAGUAGCUGGCAUAUCUGGGUAAGCUGGUUCAAAACGGUUCAUACUUCAGGUGGCGUUUUGCUGUGCCUGUUUUGUUUUUCGCUCCUUUUAUUAGUCUUAGCCCUGACUGUCACAUAUGGAAGGCGUACAAGAGUACUUCAUGCAUACACAGACUGGGUAAAGGUUGCAACAGUUUCUUACCUUUUAAAUCAAACACAAGAGGCUAAACUAGUCUGGUUUAAGUUUUUACUGUGAAGUCCUGACACGUCCUGCAUCCUGACUACUUCACCACUGACUGGAAGGAACUGAACUAUCUGCACCCAGGUCUGCUACUUAGGUUUUCUCAUCUUGUGUCAAACUUUUGUUGUUGUGUUUUUGUUUGUUUUUAGUGGAUUAGCUUGUGUUGUCUUGUUGCAUGUUCAUUUUCCUUUGCUAUGUUGGCAUCAUGGCUGAUCUACUUUUAGCUGUUUUGAAAAAUAAAAGGUUUUUGUUUUCUAAUUA